CUGGAUGCGGUGCUGGGGGGCGGCGGUUGGGAUGUGGGGGGCACGUUUGAGGGGCCCCCCCAACCCACCGGCCCCAUCCGUCUGGGGAAGAACGUCUGCUACGUCGUCCUGGCCGUGCUCUUCAACGAGGAGGAUGGGGUGCUGCUGGUGCAAGAGGCCAAAGCCGAGUGCCGGGGGAAGUGGUACCUGCCGGCGGGGAGGAUGGAGCCCGGCGAGGGCAUCGUGGCUGCCAUGAGGAGGGAGGUGAAGGAGGAGACGGGGCUGGAGUGCCAACCCCUCACUCUGCUGGCCCUGGAGGAGAGGGGACCCGCCUGGAUCCGCUUCGCCUUCCUGGCACGACCCACCGGUGGGACCCUGAAGACCCUGGCGGAGGCCGACUCCGAGUCCCUCCAAGCCACCUGGUGGCCCGGGGACCCGUGUUCCCUGCCUCUACGUGCCCUGGACAUCCUGCCCUUGCUGGACCUGGCCGCCCGCUACCGCCGCGGCCCCCCGCACCCCCCCACGCUGCCGCAGGCCCUGCCCUGUCCCCUGCUCUGCUUACGGCUCCUGGUGGCCUUCACCAACACCACCGGCGACCUUUGGGUGCUGGUGGCCACCUCUGGCACCCCCCGCUUGCCCAUGGUGGCUUGUGGCACCUCCCCAGCCGAGCUGCGGGGGGGUCUGCGCCGCCCCGUGCUGCGUUUGCUGCGGGAUUGCUUCCCCCCGGACCCCCCCCCACCGGGACCCCUGGGGUUGUUGGGGUUGCAGCAUCAAGCUGAGGGUCCCGGGGGGGGUGAUGGUGUUUGUUUCAACGUGUUGCUGAGCAUCCCCCCCCCCACAACGAGUAAGAUGGCUCAGGCCACCCCCCCUGGAUGA